AUGGCGAACCCCAACGGCAAUGGCGUCGCCUCGGGAUCUGUCGAGCUCGACGUGAAGCCGCCGUCGAACCUGGUCAUCCCCCCGCCCAACGUGCGCGAAACGAUUGCGAAGACGGCCGACUUCGUUGCCCGCCGAGGCGAAUCACACUUCAACGGACUGAAGCAGCGUGUCACUACCGAUCCUUCGGCCGCGAACAACCGCAACUUCGUCUUCGUCAUGGAAGAGGAUCCCUACAACGCCUACUUCCUGUGGUAUCUCCAGCAACUGAAGGAGGGUCACGGACGGUCAGUUGGAAGUGCCAAGCAAGUCGUUGACAACAAGCCCAAGGGCCCCCCAGAACCGCCCAGGUUCCGCUUCUCUGCGCGCAUGCCAAACAUCAGCGCAAAGGACUUGGAGGUGCUGAAGCUCACAGCUCUAUACACGGCCCGCGUGGGUGAGAACUGGCUGAAGGAUCUGCGCAACCGUGAGUCUGGCAACUUCCAGUUUGACUUUCUCCGACCAAACCACAGCUUCUUCCAGUUCUUCCGAUCGCUUGUUGAGCAGUACAAGAUCCUACUUGAGGAAGAGGCGACAGUCGAGGCGCGUAUCCAGGAGCUACAACAGAACAUCAAGAACCGGUUCCAUGUGCUAGAUCGUGCCAAGGGACGUGCGGAGUACGUCAAGUACGUGACCGCCCAAAAAGAGAAAGAGGAAAAGAAGGUCGAGGCUGAGAAGCAAGAGUAUGCGACUGUGGACUGGCACGACUUCACUGUCAUUGCGACUGUGCUCUUUGACGAGGCUGACGAUGCAGCGGACCUGCCUCCACCAGCACAACUGAACGAUUUGCAGUCGCAGUCGCUCGAGCAAAAGGCAGCCGUCUCACUUUCUACAAGGCGUCUCGAGGAGGCCAUGCCCGACGAGAUGACUUACUACAACGUCACACAGCAGCAGGUACCCCCAUCUCAGAUGCCGCCAAACUACGCUCCCGCAGCGCCGCCCGUGCAGCCACCGUAUGGUGUGCCGUCAUACGCGCCUCCGCCUAUGCCUGACUACCGAACGCCGGCACAGAUAUCGCGCGAAGAAGAGCAAGCUCGGCUGGCAAGAGAGCGCCAAGCGGAGAGCGAGCAGCGCGCACGCGCUCAGGCUGCUGCCAGAGGAGCACCUGGUCGCAUUGUCACAGACUACGUUCCCCGUGCUGCCGCAAAGAAGGCAAACGUUCAAAUGGCCGUGUGCCCUAACUGCAAGCAGCAAGUUCCCGCGAACGAGAUGGAUGAGCACAUCAGAAUCGAACUGCUUGAUCCGCGCUGGAAAGAACAGCGCGACAAGGCCGAAGCCCGAUACUCUACAACCAUCAACACCGCCGACGUCGCGAACAACCUCAAACGCUUUGCUAGUCAACGUGAGGAUAUCUACGAUGGAGCUACUGGAUUGCCGAUAUCUGCAGAGGAAGAAGCUCGGAGGAAGAAGGCUGCACUGUCGUACGAUGGUCAGCUUGAUCCUGCCAAAAAUACUGCUCGUGUAGAGCAGAUGCGGGACGUGAACGUCCAGGAGCAACUCCGCAAGAUCCAAGAGAAGCACCGCCAAAAGUAG